CUGAGGCCAGAGCCAGCCAUCCACGCUCUCCCAUUUGGAAAAAAUGAUGUCAGCUUUCAGAACAAGCUUUUUAAAAAAAAAAAUCUCAUAAAGUUAAGGAGGUCAUUUGAAAUUGAACUUCCUCCACUUGAUUUUUUUUUUUUUUUUUGCACGAGGAUCUUUCAUUCCUCUGUUCUAAAAACUAUCAACAAAACUAAGCACAGGAGGUAUUGCAUAAGCACCACCAAGCCAUUUGCCUGAUCUGCAUUUCUCAGUGCAUGAGAUCAGCUCCAAAUAUCUGACCUGAGAAAGCUGCUGGUGCACAACUGCUGUAACUGAUAGGAGUUACCUCUGUGAGUCAUCUCAUAGGAUGGUUCAGUGGCAAAUAUGAACAUUUGUCAACAUUUGACAACAGCUCCUCGGGACAUCAUGAGUUUGCUGGAAUUUGGACCACAGAGCACUUGCAACAGCGCUUUCUAAAUUUGAAUUUAAUUUAAAUGAAAGAAAAAUAGUCCUCUGGAUCAAUUGUAGCCAUGGCUAGCAAAAGGAAAUCCACAACUCCCUGCAUGAUACCAGUAAAAACACUGGUGCUUCAGGAGACUGAACAGGAUGCUGGAGAAGAUGAUCAUGAAGGAACACAGCCAGAGGCUCCUGCAGAAGGACCAGCAGCGAGUGAUGCUGGGGCCAGCAACAGUAAUAAUGGAGCUUUGUCCAACGGGCACCGCGGCAUUGCCGAUGGUGACACUUAUAUCUGCAAGUCUUGUGACUUUGGGUCUCAAGACCUUCACCAGUUCUUUGGGCACUUGGACUCUGAGCACUCAGACUUCAGCAAAGACCCCGCGUUCGCCUGCGUCGGGUGCAGCUUCCUGGCCAACAGCCACGAAGGGCUCUUGCACCACAACACGGAGUCUCACGCCGGUGAGACGAGCUUUGUCUGGAGGGUGGUGAAGCAGGACAGUCGUACAGCCGUGGAGCAAAGUCUCUGUGAGGCCACCAGCAGCCAUGACCUGCCGGGAGAGGUCCCUGAAGAAGGGGCAGAUGGCCAGUCUGAAAUUAUCAUUACCAAAACCCCCAUCAUGAAGAUAAUGAAGGGUAAACCCGAGGCCAAAAAAAUCCACACGCUGAAGGAGAAUGUGUCAAGUCAGUUGGGCGGUGAGUCAGAGGUGAAGGAUGGAGAGCAUUCAUUCCCAAAUGGGUCUGUGCCAGUCAGCCAGCCCACUGCAAGUUCAACAAAGUCAUCCCACAUAGUGAAUGGCUCCAUCAUAGGAAACGUGCCUGUUCUGCAGGCCGGUGUUGCACAGCUUGUGUCGCUGCAGCAGCAGCCCCCGUUGCAUCAGCAGCUCCCCACAUCCAAGUCCCUUCCCAAGGUGAUGAUCCCACUGAGCAGCAUUCCCACGUACAAUGCUGCCAUGGACUCCAACAGCUUCCUGAAAAACUCUUUCAACAAGUUCCCCUACCCCACCAAAGCUGAGCUCUGCUACUUGACCGUGGUGACCAAGUACCCAGAAGAGCAGCUGAAGAUCUGGUUCACUGCGCAGAGGCUGAAGCAGGGCAUCAGCUGGUCACCGGAGGAGAUCGAAGAUGCCAGGAAAAAGAUGUUCAACACUGUUAUUCAGUCUGUGCCACAACCCACCAUUACGGUGUUGAACACACCCCUGGUUGCAAAUCCUGGGACUGUUCCCCAUCUUAUCCAGGCAACUUUACCAGGCCACGUGGUGGGGCAGCCAGAGGGGACAGGGGGGCUGCUGGUCACACAGCCCAUCAUGGCAAACGGGUUGAAGGGCACCAGCUCCUCCUUCACCUUGGCAGUGACUUCUGUCCCCAAGCCGCAGCCGGCGGCGCAGCACAGCACCGUGAGCUCCAGCAACACAUCUGGGGUCAAGGUGGUCAACAGCGCCCAGUCACUGCUCACCGCCUGCCCUGCCAUCUCCUCGCAGACCUUCCUGGAUCCCAACGUCUACAAAAACAAGAAGUCCCAUGAGCAGCUCUCAGCCCUCAAAGGCAGCUUCUGCAGAAACCAGUUCCCUGGCCAGGCUGAAGUCGAGCGGCUGACAAAGAUCACAGGCUUGUCCACCAAGGAGAUCCGAAAAUGGUUCAGCGACAGGAGGUACCACUACAGGAACGUGAGAGGCGGCCGGGCCGUGUUCCCUGGGGACAGUGCUCUUGAUUCCCUGCCCGAAAUCACCUUCGACGUCCCACCCAGAGGAGCCGAGCUGAGCCCUGCGGCAGCGGCGGCCACACCAGCCCCUCACCACCCGCCACGGCGGCAGUCGUGGCACCAGGCACCCGACUUCACCCCGACCAAGUACAAGGAGCGAGCGCCGGAGCAGCUGAAAGCCCUGGAGAGCAGUUUUGCCCAAAAUCCCCUUCCUGCGGAGGAAGAGGUGAACCGCCUGAGGGGGGAAACAAAGAUGACACGGAGGGAGAUUGACAGCUGGUUCUCGGAGAGGAGGAAGAAGAAGGUGGCGGAGGAAAAUAAGAAAGUGGAAGAGGUGGCUCAGCAGGAGGAGGAAGAGGCAGAGAAUGGAGGCGGGGAAGGGGAAGACUCCUCGGAUGAGCAGAGGGCCACGAGUGAAAACGGCUCAGUCGACGCCUCCAGCAGCAACCCGAACUCGGCGGAGCGGAAGGUGAGUCCCAUCAAAAUCAACCUGAAAAACCUGCGAGUGACCGAGUCCAACGGCAAAAACGAGGUACCGGGGACCGGCGCAAAUGAAAAGGGGGAUGGCAGCUCCAGCCGGCCGCCCACCCCUCCCAAAACCAAACUGAACUUCAAAAAAACAGCCCAGCAGCGGCAUCUGCUGAAGCAAAUGUUCGUGCAGACCCAGCGCCCCACGAACCAGGAGUAUGACGCCAUCGUGUCCCAGACGGGCCUGCCGCGGGCCGAGGUCAUUCGCUGGUUCGGGGACAGCCGGUAUGGCUACAAGAACGGGCAGCUGAAGUGGUAUGAGAACUACCGGCGGGGGGUCUUCCCCCCGGGGCUGGUGGAGGUCAGCCCCGCCGGCCGGGAGGUGCUCGAGGACUACUACGAGAAGCACAAGGGGCUGCGGGAGGAGGACGUGCCCGGCCUCUGCGAGCGCGCCCGCCUCGGCGCCCAGCAGCUCAAGGUGUGGUUUGCGGUGAAGGCGGAGGAGGAGGGCAGGGGCUCCGGCCCCGAGGCGGCCAGGAGCCGGAAAGGGCCAUGCGAAGCCGGCGCGGAGGCGUCGGAGAGCAGCGAGGCGUGGGAGCCGGGCGGCCAGGAGGGCAGCGCUGGGACCCCCGACGCCCCCGGCCCACCGCCCGCCACAAGGCUGGAAACAGACUGAACUCAAACCACCAGCCCCGGAGGAUCCGCUCUUACCCUUGAGAAGAAAUUUGUGAUCUUUAAGAAACCCAUGGGCCGGCCUGAUCCAAACCUGAGGAGCAGAACGUGGUGAUGAAGCACUGCCAUGCGUGAGACCUUUGAGCACAGCACACGAGGCAGUACAUGCAAAAACUGGGCACUCGGUGCUGAGCUCUCAGUGGCCCAGCCGAGGAGACAGCUGGGAGCUGGCGGAGGCAGGGGCUCAGCUCGCACCCAGGAAAUAGGAUGCUCCUGUUUGCUUUCCAGUGACAGACUUUCAGAUUUCAUAUUCAUAUACCGAUGCCUACAGCUGCCUAUACAAGCAUAACAAAUCUCAGACAUUGUGUAAACAAGGUCAUUGCUUAGAUAUGGACUAUCAUGGCAUAGUACUUGUUUCUUUUUUCUUUUUUUAUUUUUUCAUCUGUCCGUUAAGGUGUUUGUUCUCUAAAGGUUGGCUUGGCUGCAUAUAUCCUCUCUGCCUUUUCUGGUCCUUAAGCCCUGGCAGUGAAGGGCUUUGUGGGCACACAAGUGUGAGUGUAGUAGGAAAGAGAAGGUAUGUGAGAAGAAAACUGCCAGUCUUGAAUUUGAGUGAGAUUCUCAUCCCUCCAGAUGAGGUUAGAGUGAGCAUUGCAUACUCUCUGAUAAGCAGCAGGUAUCCAGACCUGGGCAGCCCAGGAGAUGGAGUUUGGCAUCAUCUGUCCCUUGCUGGCUAGAACACUUUCCCCUGUGCUCCUGGAGACUGACUGUAACAGGCUGUUAAAUCUCCAAGUCUCUCUUUAGUCUCUGAGAACUAGCACAUAAUAAUUUUUGCAUCCUGACCUGGAAUCUUUUCAUUGUUUGGAGAGAACAGUCUAUUCUUCAAAGAGCAAACGCAGAGAGUCACAGUGUGGCUGUGAGUGGUUCAAGUCAUUGUUGUCUCCAAGGCAGCGGCUCUGCUGCCAUCGGGAAGUUUCCUUCUUGCAGCCCUACAUGGCAGAUCCUCCUGCAGCACUGCUGGUGAUUUCAAGUGUUUGUUCCAGCCUUUUUAUUUUUUUCCUUUUCUUUUUUUCCCCCCCCUUUUUUCCCCAGGCCAUGUGCAAUAGUUCUAGCAAAAGAGCAAAAUAAAUUUCCCCGUUUUCCCGCCUGCUGCCUGAUACCUGUAAAUUUUUAAUGUGUGUUGUCUUGGGUGGUUGCUGUGUGAUGCAACUGCUUGAACAUUUUUGCUUUAAAUAUUCUUUUCUAAUAGAAAACAAAGUCUAGAAGGGAAACUCUUGAGCUGAAUAGUCCAGCCAAAUGCUGUGUCAGAUCAUUCUGUCACAAACUAAUCAAAACCCAACUCCAAAUUGGUUCCAUGUUUUGCCUUCACUUUUGCUCUUGGAAGGCUGUUCCAGAAAUUGACUGCCUUUGAGUGGUUAGAAACUUUAUUUAAGUUUCUAGUUUGAAUUAAUUCGUGGCUGGUUCAUUCCUGGUUUGUUUUGGAGCCAACAUUGUCCUUUAACUUAAAUAGUUUUUGGUGUUUAUCUGCUGAUGUAUUUAUGGAGAGUAGUCAUAGCUCCUUAUUUUUUGCCAAGCCAACUCAGCCAAGCUUUUUCAGUAGAAGGUUUUUAUUUAGUGAGAGCUUUUUAAUGUGGGAGACUUUAUUGUUGGUGGUAAAUGAUAUUUAUUAGGAGGGUGGGUAGCAAACCCCAAAGGAUCGGAUCCAGAGAUUUACAAAAAAAUCUGGUUUAAAAACAAAAAAGCUCUUUCAGAAGCUCUUCCAAAGAUGGUGUCUGAUUUCUACCUUUAAUUGCCCUUGCUUUUGCAAUUCUUUCUUCGCCCCCUCUUCAAGAGGCCGCCUUGCUUAGCUGCUGGAAGGGGCUGUGGCUGCUCAGUGCUUUGGCAGAGGCUUUCCCUGGCCCGGUGGGACGUGCUGGGUGCCUGUGCCUGAGCUCACAGGGCUUCCCUGGCACACGGUGUGAGACUGUGGCCAAGUGUGACCACAGUCUGCUCCAGACAGAGGUGACCUGCACCCCACAGAGAGCCGGGGCGAUGCCCUGGACGUGGCCGCUUGCACCGUGCACCCCAUAGCCAGACCAGCCAUCCCACCACGCUGUCAGCAGGGGUGGCACCGACCUGGAGCAGCCUGUGUGGCACCAGGCUCCCUAAAUUUCUCUUUGGAUGUGCUAUUGGUGGUCGUGACACCAGUAUUGGAGGCAUGACCAGCAGCCAUCCCACAUUGGCUGGUGACAGCUCAGCCAGUGGCAUCCCUGUGGCUCUCCUGGGGCAUUAGGGGUUCACCCUCAUGGGUGCAAUCCUGUGCACCCCAAAAUACCAGAGAGGGUGGGAGAAUCUGGGUGGUUUUAGAGCUGAAAGCAGAUCUGGGAGUCGUGCAGCCUGAGAAUAUGGAUGUAUGUACAGUGUCACCUUCAGAGAACAAAUACAGGUAGGUCAAUUUACUCUGUAGUGUCUAUGUACAUGCAGGUUUAUUUAACUACACAUAUAUACAGUUCAAAUAUGCCAUUGAUUCUUUAUUGCAUUAAGAUGUACAUUAAAAAUGUACACUUUUACUAACUACUUGCUAUAUAAAUAUGUUGGAAGUGUAGUUUGCCCAUUCAAGGUGAUUUUCUGUGGGAUUUUUGAUGUACACUUAAGGGCCUAUGGCUGAUUGGAAGAGUGAUCCCCGCUCCAUCUACAGGAAUGCUUAAGGACUAUGGUAUGAACUGGUCCCUUCAAACCAUGUUUUGAUGCACUAGCUGAAAUAUUUUGCACUUGGAUUGUAUUCAGCCAGUUUUCCAGAAAAAUCGAAAAGAAGUCUUGUGAGCUAGAGGGAGAAUUUCCCGGUGUACACAGAAAAACCAGCCUUGAGGGUUGGAAGCUGCUGAGGUUUUUGAGCUUUGUCUCCAUGCAUUCAUACAAGCACAGCAGGAGUUUUCUUUCUUUUGGGUCGGAGGAAUUUUAAAAAGUUGUUCCAUGCAGGCUCCCCUCGGACAUGGCGACGGGGCUGGCAAACGCCAUUGCGUGGGGAGGGUAAGAUUUAGAGGCAAAAAAGAAAUCAAAAAAUGAUCGAGUUCCCUUUCUAACUCCUACAUUCCUUGUUAUCUGCAUUUUUAGUUGACUUGAAAUCUCCAUAAAGAUAUAAGCUGAAGAUUUUUGAGGGUUUAAGCUCUGUGGUCUUCUGUUUCUCUGCUGAGGAGGAGAAACAGGUGCCAUCUCCAAACAGACUCGGGUUUUGGUGCAGGACAUUGGAAAAGUGUGUGCAUCCAAAACUGAAAAGAAAAACUGAGAGGUGGCUUGACAGUCCCAACAGCAGCUCUUGUGGUGUUAAGAGGAAGUGUCACCACAAUUCUUCACAGUGUGUGAAUAUUUAUCAUCAUCUAAUCAAAGAUGACUAUCUUGACUUGAAAGGGGUGUAAGAUCGAGGUGAUGUAGCCAGCAUCAGUAAGGAAGGGAAAUUAAAUUCUCCACCUCCAUCCCCUGUGCCUGAGCUUGGGCUUGGCAGGCACAGCAGAAACCAUCAAUUUUAAUCCGUGUGAAUCUUGUUACUUAUGUCUCUGAGGCUGCUUAGAUUAAGGGCACAAUCCAAUUGCUUAAUAACCCGAAACCCUGAUUUGUGCUGGCCCUGGCUUGCUCAUGGAAAGGGCUGCUGGUUCUCCUGGUGCAAGGAACUGAGUUUAUUUAUUCAUUGAUGUCAGCAGCCCCUGCCAUGAGAUUUCUAGACAUUUUUCCAUGUUUCAUUUGGGUUCCUUAUUUUUCAGCUCCGUAAUUAGCUUCCUAGAAAUUAUUCUUUUUGGGCUUUUUUGUUUUUUUUUUAGCAGAACACUAAACAAACCAUGAUUUACAGGCUCCUAUCUCCACUUGCCUGAGACCUGAGUGCUGCUGCAGCGUGGUGGGAGGAUGGGCACAGGUGCUUGCAGGUACUUAGUGUGAUUUCAUGUCCCCUCCCUGAGUUGGUCACCAGGAGAAGCCACCAGCAGAAGCAGGAGCUGCUGGCAGAGAAAUGCUGUAGUCCUUAACCUGGCUGGGGGAUGCUCACACAGGAGCUGGAAGAUACCUGCUGGGUUAAUUUUUGUUACGUGUCCCUGACAGUUCAAGAGAAGGAAGCUGUAGAAGGCUGGUUUUGCUUUUAGGGUUUUGGGUAUUUUUUUUGUAAUUGGAAAGCAAUAGAUUUUGGUCACAUGCAGAAGUGUUGUACUGUUUUCCCUGCAGCCCCUCUCUUAGAGACAUAACAGAAGCAACCCGACCAGAAGCUGGCUCACUGGGAAUCAGAAGAAAAAGGUGAUUUUCAGCACUUGGGCACAAAUUACAAAGUGAAUGUGAUGCUGCACAUUCCCAUCGUGGUGACAGUAUUUAAAAUGCUUGCAAACUUCUCCCCCCUGUUGCCCAGAUAAUUUUGGCUUCGCUCUUUUCAAAUCAGUCAGGGUCCUGAUGUGAUUCAGCUCACCUAUAAACCUCUGGUGUCAUUUCUCAGCUGCUCCCAAAACCAGCAGGGUGAGAUUGGGCAACAAAACACAUGGAGGGGAAUGAGCCACUUGCAGGCUAUCCCUGUUCUUCUUUUUAUUGGGAAAUUUAGUUUCUGCUGUAUGUUUUCCUGGCAGUGGUCUGUGCCAGGAAUGUUGGAUUGGCAUCACAAAACUUUAAUGCAGAGCAAGGGAGCUCUGUUACGUAAGCAGUGAAUUUUUUUUUUUUUUUUUUUUAAAUUUUGGGGUUUGUUGUUAUGGCCCAAGUGCUCUGUUGGCUGAUGUUUGGCAUAUUCUGAUGGCACAGUUAAAGCCCCUUUUUCCCUGUCCUGAUGGAAGGUGGUGUUAGGAAGACUCUUGCUUACUGGUGCUAGUGAAGGUUGGGCUAGGAAUCCAUGGCAUAGAAAAUUUCUAGCUAAAAUUGCACUUUCUCUCUGCCCUAUCUGGCUCGUGGUGGUGUUAUGGGUACGUGGCUGUGAUUCCCCUUGCACAUACUAACAUUGCACUAAAAGAGAGACUUUGGGAACAGCGUGUUGAUCACUUUGUUUCUCAGCAGACCACAAAGUCAGCCUAACGGGGUCUCUUUUUUUUUUUUUUUUUUUUAAUUAUUAUUAUAUAGAAAUCACGCUGGUGCUGAAUGACCUGGAAUUUUGCUUGGAUUUAUCCAAAGGAAAAUGUAAUUGUAGCUGCAACGGGACCUUUCAUAAGGGUGGCCGUGCAGUGAGGGAGCAGGGCGAGGGCCCUGCUGGGUAAAGCUGUCUUUGUACCGGGGAGGUGUGGGGGGCUCCAGGGGGGUUGGUACUUUGGAUUUUUUUUUUCAAGACCACAAUUUUAAAUGGUCACCUUGGCAAUCGUGUGAAACAGGAAAUAGUUUUUACUUUUGGUAAAGGUUUUAAAGAGAAAAAAGAAGCUGCCUGUGAUUGUGGGCUGUAGCUAUUAUUAGGGCUAGGGUAGCUUGUAUGUGCUAUGGACUUUACCUGCUCUUAUUCUGAGGGCAAGAACUCCCUGUAGCAACAAUGCCACUUCUGAGAAGUGAAUGGCAAGUUUCCCUUCCUUUUGUAUAUGUGGAUGUGAGGGUGGGCAAGGGGAAGAGCUUGCUUGUACAGUUUGUUGAAAUGAAACCAGACAUUUUUGGUUGUUCCUAAAUAAAGAGCGUAAAAGACAAAA